AUGUUGGGCGGCGACACCGUCCACCCACCAACAGAUACGGAGACGACACCAAACUUGGCCCGGUUUCGCGAGGCUCUUUCGGCAGAAUGCGACAAUCCCAACCAGGUCGUAGAAAGCUUCUUCCACAUCCCACUUGUCCACCAGGUCCUCGAAAUUCUGGUCACCACGGCAUGCGCGAGCAUCGAACGGGAAUACGAUGCAGGCCCCGACAUCGAGUGGGCGGUGGAAGCCUACACGGACAUGCUCGUGUUCGCACACGAAAGGGGCUCGCAUGCGUGCGUCGGCGAGGUCUUAGAGUUCUUCAACGCCUUCUGGGAAUGCGUGUUGUCUCUAUGCUCCGGUAGGGGCCUCUUGAAUCUAGGAAUGCUGGUGGCGACAGAAUCCGCCCUGGUGCAAGCCGGCGCCGUUGGGGCGACUUACACAGAAAUGCAUCGAUUCUGUCGCAAGAUUGCUGAACGCCUCAACGCCGUGAUGAGCGUCCCUCGAGGGCGCGAAGCCGGCAUGUUGAAAGGCCACUUUCUCCUGGUCUGCUUUCUUGCCCUCGCCCACUCGGCUAAUAGCCCAGAACUGUCGCACGCUCUUCCACUUCACACCCUGGUCGAUAAUCUCUUCGCGCUCUUCCAGCAGGAUAUAUACAAAUCCAAAUUCACCGACGAUCUCGCCGGCUUUGAGGACGCAAAUCCAGGCUCCCUUCUGUGUUUCUUUCUCCGCGGCUCCAGGUCGCUUUUCGACGCGCCGCCCAGGCAUAGAUCCUGGUCGACAACGCUCUCUGCCUACUUCGCCUUCAGCAAGCACAUGUGCGCCUCCGAGACUGUGUUCAAUAAGUUCCGCACCACCAGGGGCAUCCGUUUUGUGGUCGACCUUCUCGCCCGCGCCUUUGAGGGGUCACCGAUGUCAGUCAGCGCAUCUGAUUGCCACAACCUCAUCGUGUUCUGGAUGCCCCACUUGACGCCCCUCACUGUGCAUGGUAAUUCGAACAAGUCGACGCUCGACGCCAUACGCAUAGGCGUACUCCCUAUCCUUGCCACGAUCGUCGCCGGAGACAGAAACGCCCGGCCGGGAUCCUCUGACUUAAUCAAAUACCGGCAAUACCGUGGAUACUUCAAUACCUACCUCCUUGACGCUCUGAUCCCGGCGCUCGUCUGGCCAGACACCUUGCUUGCCAUACGGAAAAUGGGCGGGAAGCUUCACCCGGAGAGGUGGGACAUUUCAUACAUGCUUGACUACUGGCCGGAGUACGUAGGGUUCACCUUUCGCGACAUCAAGUAUUAUCGUAUCCUGAAGAGGACGAAGAAAUGGGUCCGCAAGGUCACCGAGCGUUGCCACAACCCCAAGUGCCCUCGGCCCGUUAACGCAUACCACGCCAAAAUCUGCGCUUGCGUACAAGUGGCAUACUGUUCCAAGCCCUGUCAGCGGGCGCAUUGGCAGGACCAUCAUCGCGUCGAGUGCACCCGAGGUCUGAAUGCGCGCGAAUCCCGAAAUGUGUUGUCCGAGUCCGCAGCACUCUGUCCUUUGGAAACAACCUACUUCGAGCGGUACUUCAUCAGACAAUGCAUCGGCGACCCAACGAUUACACCGCAGCCUCCGCCUUUGGCCUCGGAAGAGCAUGGCCACCGCAGAUCGUGGCUGUUGGACCUCUCUGUCAGGCCGGCGUCGAUGGACCCGACAUGGAUCCAAUUUGACGAUCCGCUCCCAGCAGUAGAAAAUCACAUACGGCGUUACGUGCGCGUGCGGAAGGGUGCUACAACCGGACUCAUCCUCGUGUAA